AUGGUCGGAUUCGCAGACAUACUACUUGGUGCUUGGCUGUUGCCGGGGGUCUAUAGCGCUAGCUCCAGCGCGACCCUUACGCCAAGCAGCUCCAUUUCCUCGGCAUACCAUCAAUUUACUAUCCCCGCCGCUGCAGACGAAGGGGCUAAUCUGAUCGCAAACAUCGACGACCCCGAGGCGAUUGAUGCACAGACCGCCUGCCCCGGAUACAAAGCUUCGAAUGUGAAGCAGACUACCACUGGAGUGUCAGCCACCUUGGCAUUGGCUGGAAAGGCAUGCAAUGCAUACGGAACAGACGUGGAAUCUUUGGAUUUCUCAGUCGAGUACCUGGCGAAUGAUCGUUUGAACAUCCAGAUCGUACCGAGCCAUGUGGACUCUUCGAAUGCGUCGUGGUACCACCUUUCCGAAGAUACUGUGCCUCGCCCCAAGAGUGGAAAACAUGCAUCCCGCGCAAAUAGUGAUUUGGAGUUCAAAUGGUCCAAUUCUCCCUCUUUCAGCUUCAAGAUCAUUCGAAAAUCCACUGGAGAUGCAAUCUUUGACACAGCCGGCUCGGUUUUAGUAUUCGAAAAUCAAUUUACUGAGUUUGUUACUUCUCUUCCAGAAGAUUACAACCUUUAUGGAUUGGGCGAGCAUAUUCAGCAGUUUCAUCUGCUAGAAAACUUGACCCUGACCAUGUAUGCCUCGGAUAUUGGAGAUCCCAUUGAUGGGAAUGUAUACGGAAGUCAUCCUUUCUAUCUAGAUACCCGGUACUAUGAGGCCUCCCAGAAACGCGGUUCGAUGUCUCCUGUUUCGAGUGACAAGAUCGACAGUUCUAAGGACUAUGUUUCCUACUCCCAUGGUGUCUUCCUGCGAAACGCCCAUGGCCAGGAAAUUCUGACCGGACCUAAAAAGCUCACUUGGCGUACUCUUGGGGGUAGCAUUGACUUGACUUUCUAUUCUGGCCCUUCACAGGCCGAGGUCACCAAGAACUAUCAAAUCAGCACCAUUGGACUGCCCGCAAUGCAGCAGUACUUUACCUUUGGCUAUCACCAGUGUCGAUGGGGCUAUCGUAACUGGACUGAGAUGCAAGAGAUUGUUGACACGUUUGAGAAGUUUGAGAUCCCUCUAGAAAACAUCUGGAAUGACAUCGACUACAUGCACGGCUACCGCGACUUUGAGAAUGACAACAACCGAUUUUCCUACGAGGAAGCAGAAGUUUUUCUAGGAAAAUUGCACGAGAGUGGCCGUCACUACAUUCCGAUCGUUGACUCGGCACUCUACAUUCCAAACCCUCAUAAUGAGUCUGACGCAUACGAUACUUAUACCCGCGGUGCCAAGGAUGAUGUCUUCCUCAAAAAUCCAGAUGGAAGCACCUACAUCGGUGCCGUUUGGCCCGGCUAUACUGUCUAUCCCGACUGGCACCAUCCGAAAGCCGGCAGCUUUUGGUCUAACGAGCUCGUGACAUGGCACAAAAAUGUUGCCUUCGAUGGUAUCUGGAUUGACAUGAGCGAAGUAUCAUCUUUCUGUGUUGGCAGCUGUGGUUCCAAGAACCUGAGCAUAAACCCUGUCCACCCUGGAUUUUCGCUACCUGGCGAACCCGGCAAUAUCAUCUACGAUUACCCGGAAGGAUUCAACGUCACAAAUGCAACAGAGGCUGCGUCUGCCUCUGCGGCUUCGUCCAGUCAAGCCGCCGCCGCUGCAACUGGUGAUUCGUCCCCUACGUCCACUACGUCGUACCUUCGAACUACUCCUACUGCCGGAGUACGCGAUAUCAACUACCCUCCCUACGUGAUUAAUCACGACCAGUCUGGUCACGAUCUGGCUGUGCAUGCGGUGUCUCCAAAUGCAACUCAUGCCGAUGGUGUUCAGGAAUACGAUGUGCACAACCUCUUUGGUCAUCAAAUUCUCAAUGCCACCUACCAUGGUCUCCUUGCUGUAGCCCCCGAAAAGCGGCCAUUCAUUAUCGGUCGCUCCACCUUCGCUGGAUCUGGUAAAUGGGCAGGUCACUGGGGUGGCGACAAUGCCUCCAAGUGGGCAUACAUGUUUUUCUCAAUCCCACAGGCACUAUCUUUCUCUCUGUUCGGUGUUCCGAUGUUUGGAGUUGACACGUGUGGUUUCAAUGGCAACACAGAUGAGGAGCUCUGUAACCGCUGGAUGCAGCUCUCGGCCUUCUUCCCUUUCUACCGCAACCACAACACUCUUUCCGCAGUCAGCCAGGAGCCGUACCAAUGGGAAUCGGUCAUGCAGGCGUCCAAGGAUGCUAUGAAGAUCCGUUACUCCAUUCUGCCGUACUUUUAUACAUUGUUCCACUUGGCUCAUACCACCGGAUCAACUGUCAUGCGAGCUCUGGCCUGGGAAUUCCCCAACGAGCCCCAGCUGGCUCGUGUCGAUACCCAGUUCCUUCUGGGUCCAUCCAUCAUGGUUGUCCCUGCACUUGCACCCCAGGUCGAUACUGUGCAAGGUAUAUUCCCCGGUGUGAAGAACGGCGAGAUCUGGUAUGAUUGGUACAACGGCUCUGCUGUCCAGGCUGAGCCUGGUGUCAACACUAGUAUCCCUGCUCCCCUGGGUCACAUCCCGGUUUUCGUGCGUGGUGGAAGUGUCAUUCCUAUGCAGAACCCUGCCUUGACAACCCGCGAGUCUCGUAACUCGCCGUGGUCUCUUCUCACAGCCCUUGACGCCGAUGGAGCUGCCCAGGGAGAUCUCUACAUCGAUGAUGGCGUUAGCCUCGUUCAAAACGCCACUCUCAAUGUCAAGUUCAAGGCAGCUUCAUCUAGUCUCAGUGCCAUUCCUCAAGGCGACUGGAAGGAAGAAAAUGCGCUCGACAAGGUUACCGUUUUCGGUGUCAAGAAGAGCCCCCAUUCAGUGACUCUCAACGGCAAGACCGUUCCAUCUUCAUCUGUGCACUAUAAUUCGACAUCGCACUCUCUGUCAGUCGGUGGUUUGCAGAAGAUUACUUCAGAAGGGGCUUGGAGUAAGAAAUGGAUUCUGAAGUGGUGA